AUGUCUCACAACGCACCUACGUCUGGUCACGAGAAGCUUGUCCAGGAACUUCUUGAUAUGAUAAAGGCAAAAAAAUGGGAAAACGACUUUGCCUCCGGAAUUGAGCGUGCCAUUGCCGCGGCUCCAGUUGACCUUGAAAAAGCCCAUAUCAAAAAGGGAGCCACCAAUGAUGAAACCAUAAACUAUUUUCUCGACUUUUGCGAUCGCUACUUAAGAUGGGUGCCGUAUACCACGUCUGCCAGAGAUGAGCCGCUCUGGGUGCUCUCGCUAUUCUACUUUGUCUUUCAUCAAAAGGGCAUUAUAGAGAAGCAAACGCCCAUAGAACCAAAAUAUAUCGGCCAACAUACAGAGUUGUCUCUGUGGCUUCAGAAAUACGCCCGCACGCUGGGAACAUGGAUGGACACGGCAGCGUCUGCUGACAUUGUCUCGUCUUUCAGCGAGAACCCGGAAUACACCGUCUAUCAAUACGAGAAGCCGACAGGGGGCUGGAAUUCCUACAAUGCCUUCUUUACUCGAAAGGUGAAUCCGGUAUACAGGCCUGUUGCCCCGAACAACACCGUCGCCAGUCCGUGCGAUGCCAAGUUUGAUGGUUUCUGGCCUAUUACUUCGGACGGAGUAGUGGAACUCAAGGGAUUAAAGUGGCCAAUCCAGCAGCUGCUAAAGGAUAUCCCUGCUGACUUGGUAAACAAGUUUCAUAAUGGCAUAUUUAUGCAUUCGUUUCUUCUGCCGAAUAACUACCAUCGCGUCCAUGCUCCAGUCAGCGGGACGGUCAAGCACCGCGAAAAGAUCCCGGGAGAUGUCUAUCUUGAAGUGACGGCAGAUUCGGAGACUGGAAAGCUGCUGCUUCCUCCUCGACGAAUGGAACCAAUGCCAUAUAAAGACCGCGACGGCAAGAGGCAGAUUGACGCGCAGAAUCAUCCUGGUUAUCAGUGGAAUCAGGUGCGUGGGCUGUGGUUGAUUGAUACUACAGGCUCAAAGGAUAUCGAUAUUGGCCAUGUGGCACUUUUUGCCGUUGGCAUGGCACAAAUCUCCUCGGUCCAGUGGGAUGACACGGGCAAGCCGAACACACAAGUUAAAAAGGGAGAUGAGCUGGGCAUGGUCUCAUACGGCGGUUCCGACUAUAUUCUCAUGUUUGAGCCUGGCAAGGUUCACUUUAGCAGUGAGAGAGGUAAUGAGAGCCCUAAAAAGGAUGUUUUGUACUUGCAAGGCGCAGCUCUUGUCAACAAGAUUUGA